CAUGAUGAUACCUACUACCAUCUGAAGUGGCUUGCAUGUAAAUUGAGCAAGUAGUUUCUGAAUUAAUUAAUCCAAACAUGAACGGUAGUUUCUGAAUUAAUUUUCUGUCACACCUCAAUUUUAGUUACAACAACAACACAUACUGUCUAGAAUGUUCAUUUAGCCUUCUAGCUACUAUAUCCAUCCUCUUGCAAUGGCUAAUCACGAUCACCACAAAGAUUAUUGUCUAUGGGACCCUAAAACAAGCCCGGCUAACAGAUUAAAGAAGAUCUCAAUGAAAGAUGCUUUUUUUAAUCAUAAAAACAAAUCUGCUUCUACUCAAGACUUGAACCAUACACAAGAUUGCAUUACUGACUUUGAUGCUGAUAAACAAUCCGAAUUGGUAACCGGUUGUUCAAACUUAAGGGCGAGAUUUCAAUUGGACAAGGCUUUUAAGACAUGGAAGAAAAGAUCAAUUAAUCACACAUCCUCCCUCCCUUCUUUUUGUGUGCCUAUACCAAACUCAACAAAGUCUAAAAGCUUAAGCUUCAGAGAAAAUCCUACUCUAUCUGAUUUAUACAACUUCAGAUCUUCUUUGGUGAAUUUCACUCUCUCUGACCUCAGAAUUGCAACCAACAAUUUUAGCAAAGAAAAUUUGAUUGGGAGAGGGGGAUUCGCGGAGGUUUACAAGGGUCGCCUUCUAGAUGGACAGCUGAUAGCGGUUAAGCGACUGAAUAAAGGGACUUUGGAUGAGAGAACGUCAAACUUUCUAUCUGAGCUUGGCAUUAUUGCUCAUCUAGACCAUCCUAACACUGCCAAGCUUAUUGGAUGCGGUGUAGAAGGAGAAAUGCACCUUGUCUUUCAACUAUCUCCAUUGGGAAGUUUAGACUCUCUUCUUCAUGGUUCGAACAAAAACGAAUUAGAUUGGAGUAAAAGGUAUAAAAUUAUGGUGGGGAUAGCCGACGGCCUCCUCUAUCUUCAUGAGUAUUGUCAAAGGCGAAUCAUUCAUAGAGAUAUUAAAGCAGAGAAUAUUCUGCUGACAGAGAAUUUUGAGCCUCAGAUUUGUGAUUUUGGGCUUGCAAAGUGGUUACCAGAACAAUGUAGCCACCAUAAUGUACAGAAAUCUGAAGGCACAUUCGGGUAUUUUGCACCUGAAUAUUUGCUGCAUGGCAUAGUAGACGAGAAAACCGAUGUUUACUCCUUCGGUGUCCUGCUUUUGGAGAUUAUAACCGGGCGUAGAGUUUUGGAUCAUUUGCACCAAAGUCUUGUGUUAUGGGCAAAGCCUUUGCUUGAUGCUAAUAACAUCAAGGACCUUGUUGAUCCUUCUCUUGGAGGUGAUUAUGACCAAGAACAAAUGGAUCGUAUUGUUUUGACUGCAUCUCUUUGUGUUGAGAACUCUCCUAUCUUACGCCCCCGUAUGAGUCAGGUUUCAAUACUGCUAAAAGGUGAUGAAUGUGCAAAAGAAUAUCAGAGACAAUCCCUCCAAAGAACAUUCUCAGAGAAGUGA